GCUCUAUGGCCUCUACUGCCUUGGCAGCUACCUGGGCGUGCAGGUGCUGCUGGCCCACGCGGGCGCGCUCAUCUGCCAGGGGCUGGACUACUUCAGCAGCCUGUGGAUCUGGACGUUGGUAGUUGGCUAUGUGUUGACUGUUUCAUUCAAGUGGAAUACAAGCACUGAACGCUACUUGAGAGCAAUUUCAAUUCCUGUCUGGAUUAUAUUGCUUUUUCAUUUAGCAUCCCUGGCUGGCUCAUGGAGAAUUCCAGUGUUCCUGGUUAUUGUUUUCCUGAUGUCUGUGGGCACCCUGUACGAAAAACAGAAUGGAAGGGAGUCUGCUGGGGCAGAGUUACCAGGGCAAGUAAUCUCCAUGGCAGCGUCUACUCUAGCCAACUUGGCCAUCUCCAUAACGGGUUAUGAGUCUAGCAGUGAAGACCAGCCCUCCACUCAGCCUGCAGAAGCCACAGACAAGGAAGAACCCCCUCCAAUGCUGUCUGUCUCUUCCUCACCGUCCUCCUCCUCCUCACCCUCCUCCCCUUCACCCACCCUGGGCAGACAAAGACCUGAAAUCGGAACAUUUCUUAGAAAGAAGAAAACUAGUGACAUCUACUUUGUGUCUCUUGUUUGGGCCAUCGUUGUUGUCCAGAUCUGGUUGAACCUGUGGAUUGUGCAGUUGUUGCCCGUGCCUAUUGCAGUGUGGAUCAUCAAAAAGCUUGUUAUUCACUUUGGUGUUGUGGACUUCCUGGAGAAGCGCUGCCGGGUUUGGUGGCAGGUCAUGGAGCAUUUCCUGAAGGAGCGACAGGAGGCUUUAGCACCGUGGCCAAUCAUUGGGCUUGGGAAAUUCUUGUUAAAAGUUGACAGCAAGCUCUGGCACUGGCUAAAUAAGAAGAUGAUCAUCUGGUUGGAGAAGAUGUUAGAUAAAAUAAUUAGCAUUUUCAUCAUAUUUUUGCUAGUAAUAGGAACCCUUCUUUUAGCUCUUCUCCUGACUGCAAAGGUACAUCAAGAGAGUGUACACAUGAUUGAAGUCACAAGUAAUUUGAUUAAUGAAACCCUAGCAAAUCACCCUGAGUGGGCAAAUUGGCUUCCUGAGGCUCAGGUGGUCCAAAGAGCCCUGAAUUCUGCAGCUAACAAUGUCUAUCAGUAUGGGCGAGAAUGGAUAACCCACAAGCUUCAUAAAAUUCUAGGAGAUAAGAUGAAUAAUACAGCUGUAAUUGAGAAGCAAGUACUAGAACUUUGGGACAGACUGUAUCAUUCUUGGUUUGUAAAGAAUGUAACACAUUCUGGAAGGCACAAAGGACAUAAGAUGCAUGUAAGUCGUCAGAACAGCUGGCUGGGAGACAUUCUGGACUGGCAGGACAUCGCCUCCUUUGUUCACGAGAACAUUGAGACAUUUCUUUCGAUCUUGGAGUCCCUGUGGAUAGUUAUGAGCCGGAAUGUGAGCCUGCUGUUUACCACUGUCACCACGCUCCUGACCAUUCUUUUCUACAGUGGCACUGCCCUUCUCAAUUUUGUACUCUCUCUGAUAAUUUUCCUGACCACACUAUUUUAUCUGUUAAGUUCCAGUGAUGAGUACUACAAACCAGUGAAGUGGGUGAUAAGCCUGACACCACUAUCUCAGCCAGGCCCGUCUUCUAAUAUUAUCGGCCAGUCUGUGGAAGAAGCUAUCAGAGGGGUAUUUGAUGCUUCCCUCAAAAUGGCUGGCUUUUAUGGAUUGUAUACCUGGCUGACUCAUACUAUAUUUGGCAUCAAUAUUGUCUUCAUACCAUCAGCCUUAGCAGCAAUACUUGGAGCAGUGCCAUUCCUUGGGACAUAUUGGGCAGCAAUACCCGCGGUUCUAGACCUGUGGCUGACACAAGGCUUAGGAUGCAAGGCCAUUUUGUUGUUGGUUUUUCAUCUCUUGCCAACAUACUUUGUAGAUACUGCAAUUUAUUCUGAUAUUUCAGGAGGUGGCCAUCCUUACCUGACAGGCUUGGCAGUAGCUGGUGGUGCUUACUACCUUGGCCUGGAAGGGGCAAUCAUUGGGCCCAUACUUCUCUGCAUCCUUGUGGUUGCUUCCAAUAUCUAUAGUGCCAUGCUAGUGAGUCCCACGAAUUCAGUACCCACGCCAAACCAGACCCCAUGGCCUACUCAGACUCAGCGGACUUUCCGUGACAUCUCUGAAGAUUUGAAAUCUUCAGUAGACUGACUUGGUUUCACUGCAGUGGUUUCUCUAGGAAAUUUCACCUUGACAGUGAGUUCAGCUGAGCUGAGGCCUUGUGUCCUUUCAGCUGUGCCUAGAAGGCAGAGCCAAGAAAAGAAGCCUCCUGGCCUUCCAUACAGAACACCUGGACAAGAGAAACUCAACUGAGGGCUGCUUUGCAUUUUAAAACAUAGAGUUGAGACUUCAGAAAUGUGUUUGCUCACUUAACUGUUGCUAAGAUGGCUUGAAGUUUCCGUUUAUACAUUGACACCGUGGCUUGAAUUUUCCCCACUUUGAUUAUAGUAAUAUGUAUUUAUAAAUUUAUUUUAAGAAUUUGAAACUACCUGCUGUUAAAAAUACAUACAAUGACAUUUUCUCUUAUUUUAAGAAAUCAGUUCAUAAACUUUUCUAUGACAGUCACUUUUCAGUGAAGAGGGCUUUCACUUUUGAGUAUGUAGUUAUGUGAGCAAGAUUACCCUUCUUGAACAAUGUACUGUUUCCUCUUUGAGAAAAGAACAAAUCUUAAGUGCAUGGGUAGGGAAGCAUAUUUGAUGUUCUGCUGAAUGUUGCAACCAGAGGAGAUACAGAAAGUCUGAGGCUCUUCCUUCUCCCUCUGUCCCUCAUUACAGUGUUACCAAAAUUAAAACUUGGCUGCCCACAUUAAAUUUAAAUACAUAUGAAGCUGCUAUGAAUGUUAAACAAUAUGAAGGAAUUCAUGCUCAUUAAGUUUUUUCUUUUAAAUGCUUAAGUGAAAACUCAGGUGUAGCGGUAAUGAUUUCUAAAUGUAUUCCCUAUUAUUUGGAACUCUGCCUGGUAGUUAUUUAGCAGUAUAAUUUUAUAUUUCUAUCUUGUCACUUAGCACAGUGCCUUGCACAUAAUGACUCUAGAUGAAUGAAUGCUUGCUGAACUGAAUUGUAACUUCUUAAAUAUCUCAGAUAUUACAUUAACCAGCAUAGUGCUUUACAUUUUAUACAGUCCUUUUACACAUAUUAUUUUGCAACCACUUCACAUUAGCAUUCAUGUAGCUUUUUAUUAUUUUACAACAUUUUACACUGAUGGGGAAGGUAAGGUUCUGAAAAGUGACCAUUGUAGUCACAUAGUUUAGUGAGAUUUGGCCUCAGCUCUUUCUGACUCCUUAGGUCUACAUACUCUGUUGUACUAGGGAGUGUUCUUUCUCUAUCUUUUGCAGGUUCCCCAGUCCUGUGAGCCAGAAUGGGUGUUGGCAGACUGCAGACUUGCUCUGCCGUUAAUCACAGUGCUGGGACUGAGGCCCUGCCCUGUGCUUUGUACCCUUUCUACCUUUUAGAAUAAUCAUCAGUCCCAUCCUUUUCUCUCAAAGGAAUAUAGAGUAGAAGGAGUUUAUAAUGUUGAAGGUUUACUUUUUUAGAACACAUUUAAAAGUAGAAGUUUUUUUUUUUCUAAAACAUCUCACUAAAAAUUGAUAAUUUAUUUGCUUAACUUUAUUCUUAUACUCCUUAAACAAAAAAACCCAUCUAGAAAAGGUUACCAAGAAGUCUUUCUUUUUUUUAAAAUAUUUAUUUUUUUAGUUUUUUAGGUGGGUAUAAUAUCUUUAUUUUUUAUUUUAUCUUUUUAUGUGAUGUUGAGGAUUGAACCCAGCGCCCCACGCAUGCCAGGCGAGCAUGCUACCGCCCGAGCCACAUCCCCAGCCCAAGAUGUCUUUCAACUGUUGUUCUGUAGUAGACUACCUGUAGAUCUAUUAUUUGUAUUAUAAAUCCUUCAAAAUUUAUAAUGUGUUAUUCCAUUAAGUGUUAGAUUUGACCACUAAAUAGCUUAUUCUCCUCUUUAGUCAUUUAUUCAGUGAUGCAUUUGUUCAUUAGCACAUUUUUCAAGAGUUUGCUAACUCUAGGUUCCAUGCCAGGGACUUUACAGGGUGGUGUGAUAACUCAUAAGGAAGCGCUCUCACCUUAAAUCUUAGCCAGAUCAUGUGUAAUAUUAAAUUAAAAAUUUUGUAUUAAAAGGGUUAAAAAAAAAUCAAGUUUGUUUUCCUUAACUAUAUACUGGUAAGUUUAUAGGUAUAAUUAGCACACGUUCAUAAUAGGGAAAUACUAUACACAGUGAAUAAAUGUGUGUAUACAAAUUAUGUUCCUCCAAAAUGCUUUUAGCUGUGUAAGGUGAUAUUGCAAAAGACUAAACUUGAGCUAAUAUAUGACUGUUGCUGGGAUAAUUAUUAGUAUGAGUAUCAGGUUCUUAGAGAGGAACUCUGAGCUGUGAGAGAAUAGUUUCAAGCUGCCAAAAUUAGCAACAGUGAUGUAAUACCACCCUGAAAUAUCAGGAGAAGAGGUGCCCCAGAGAGUUACACAGUCCUGAUCAGGAAACUUGAACUGCUCUGUUGCUACAGUGACAGCGUAAGGACUGGUUCAGUCCAUCAGCUGGGGAAAUCUGAACCUGAGAGAAGCACCCCAGCAUGUGUCCUUAGGUACAGGGAGAAGGUUUUAUAGAAUUUCCACAGGAUGUAGUUAGAGAUCAGGUGGGUAUGACAAGGCAGGUAUCAAAGAUAACUUGUCCCAAAGAAUCUCCUUCAGAAUUUAACACAGAAAGAGAAAGUUUCCCUAGGAAUAGACAAUGUAGCAACAAAGUAGAUGUAGCUUCAGUAAAAACCGAGUACAGAAAUCUGUCCAAGUGUCUUGUGUUGUAUAGAUUUAUUAAAAAUUACUUUCAGGUUCACUAUUAGUUGUACACUGAAUGGUAUGGGGGUUGGGGAAGAUACACUCUUUGCACACAGAAAUGCUCCUAUCUUUCCAAGCAAUAACAGGGAAUAGGAUUUUCAACAUAAAUUCCACAUCCUGUAAAUCCUUUUUGAAUCCACAUUCUGUUCCUGGACAAUUUCUGUUUGACUGCCUUAGAUGCUAGUCUGGAUAUUGUUAAAAUUGCAAGAUAUUCUAACCCCCUCUUCCAUGAGAGGCGGUUAAUGAGCAGUUUUUUUCUUGGUCUCAGAGACUAGUGUGGAUUGACUCUUAACUGUGGAAACAUUUGCAAAUCACAUUAUAUUGAGACCCUGUAUUUAAACAAACUCUGUAGCUUUUGGAAUUGGCAGCUGUUUAUUCCAGUUAAAGGCCUGCUAUAGAGCUUGCAGGUGAGGUUUUCUGACUAACCUUGGUCCUAACAUGAAUCCAUUGUGACUUAUCAGGACUAUCUAGUACCUCUAGUUGCCACCUUGCUUAUGUUAGUACUUCAGGAAUGUGUCACUGCUGGGCUAGACUACUCAGAAAUUCAGGCCAUGAGGGGUUAGAUUAGAGUACACUGAUUUAGGUAAGCUAUCUAGAACUUUCAUCCUAAGUGUUUAUGUGUAAAAUGCUCAAGACUGCACAUUCCAGUCUUGACCUUCAGUCCUCUCUGAACUCUCCCAGGACCCUUAAAGAAUACUACAGUAGGGCUGAGAAUACCCUUUUCACAGUUGAAAUAGCUUCUGGCAACAUGCUUCCAAAUGCUACUUUGAGUUAAGGAUACAUUUUAAUUUUAUCAAUCUCUUGUAUUUAUACAUUUUACCAUCAAAAUAUAUUCAUUUCAUUAACAUUGAUUAUUGAGAAUCUGAAGAAAGUAUCUGAGGCCACUACACAGUUUUUUUUUGAUAGUUUAAACUUAAAAGAAUUGUAAAUCAAGAUGUCCUGUCUAGUUACUAGAGUGAUAGAAAUUCUCUGCUAGAAUGGGUUGCAUAUAAUUAGGUGAUCCUGUAAUUUUCUAGAGAAGGAAACAAAUGCCUGGGUGAAAGUAGUUUGUCUGACAUGUGCAUACACACAGUCAAGUCAUGGAAUUCAGAAUGGAAUACAGUUCCUGUUUCUCUCAGUCCAUGUUCUAUUUCUCUUCCUUUUUUCUCAUAGUUAAGCAGCUUUUGGCAAAGUGUUUUUCUUAAUAGCGAUAGUUCCAAGAUAUGUUGAUGUUAUAAGAGGAAAAAGUGUGUGUGUGUGUGUGUGUGUGUGUGUGCACGCGCGCAUGCGAGCACCAUGCUCAAGUAACAUUGAGAAAUGCUGAGCUUCUUUUCCUUGGGAUUUCUAAGAGUUCUUAACAUGCUAUGAUAACAUUGUGAAUUUAUAAGAGGAGACAAUUACUGUUUGACUUUAGAUUGUGCCCCCCUCCCCUCCUUUUCUCUGAGCAUUUCAAAGGACUACUGUCUCUUGGGAAAUACAGCUCUUGUUGAAGUUUACAUCCCUAGUGGUUAUACUGAAUGGUGAAUGUGAUAUCCUGCAAUCAUUUAUAAAUCUCACACUUUAGUGAGAUACUAGAAAGCAAGCAUAUUUGCCAUUCAGAGCUAUACUUUAAAGUAUAGAGGUUCUUUUUCACUGAUGGUAUGUAAAAUCAGUAUUUGUGUUUGAUUUUGCAAGUUUUUCAAGGAUCAAGUAAUGUGCAAACACAGUGAUAUAGAUAUUACAUUUUAAUAAUGUUUUGUAUGGCACUUUAUGGUUUUUAGACACCUUUGGAACAACCCUGUGAGCUAGGUAGUAUUAUAAUCAUUGCAAAUGAGGCACUGGAGGCUCUGAAAGGUUGUUUUUUUUUUUAGAAUUUCCCUCUAAGUUUAGACCACAAAAGAAUGGAGCCAGAAUUUAUUUGCAGAACUUCUGACUCCAAGUCCAGAGUUCUUUUCUCCACACCUGCUCACUUAUGCUUCUAAGUUUAGAUUUUACAGUGAAAUGUAUGGAAGCAAAUCUUCGAGUAACAUCAUUUUAGCUUAUUAUGAAAUACCAAUUCUUUUGUACAGCAGUGACCCAGAUGUGAACUCUCAUUGUGGCUAUUCCAGAGAAAACCCUUCUUUGUCCUUUGCAGUGCCAGUUGUUGAGGUGACUGGAGUGUAUUUCAAAUACCAUUUGGUUGUGAAACUAAGAUUGGACAUAGUUGUAAUUACUCAUGUAUUCUUUGAAAAUGUAUCAUCUCCACAUUCUCAGGCAAAAGAGAGCGAGCUUGAAAGUAAACAUAGUCAAUUAUGACAAAUAUUCUUUAUUCUUACACAAAUGCUGUUUCUUAGCUUUAACUUGCUCUGACAACUACUGAUGUAACCUCUUUGUAAAAUGUAAAAUAUUUAUAUUUUGAAAUAAAAUUACUGCUGUUGAAUGGUAA